UUUCUAUUUGAAAAUCUUUUAUGUAACUUUGGAUAAAAUUUACUCAUUAAUACAAUUUGUAAAGUUUGCUCUUUGAUUGCCGACUCGAAGACAAAAAAAACAAACAUGUCAAGGUUAUGUCGAUGUCAUGUCAACUGUCAAAGUUUGAAUUUUGAAAUCACAUGGUCAACAAGUUAAAUACAGCACAAAAUCGUAAUUGUACUUAAAAAAUACCUGUAAUAUAACAUAAUAACUAUGGAUUUCACUAAGCAAUUAGAAGAAUUGGCUAUAAACCUCUUCAAAAUAGACGCCGUAAAAUUCGGUGAAUUUACCACCAAAAGUGGUAUGAAGACACCUGUUUAUUUUGAUUUGAGGGUUAUAGUUAGCUAUCCUGCUAUAAUGGAAUCAAUAUCCGACCUAUUAUAUUCAAGUUCAUUGAUUAGUCUUGAAUAUGACCAUAUUUGCGGAGUACCUUACACAGCUUUACCAAUUGCAACGUUGCUCAGUGUCAAAGCCAAGAAAUCUAUGCUAAUGAGACGAAAAGAAGCCAAAUCUUAUGGCACUAAGAAACUUAUUGAAGGUCAUUUUUCGAAAAAUCAAAAAUGCUGUAUAGUUGAAGAUGUUGUAACGUCAGGUUCUAGUGUACUAGAAACUGUAAAUGAUUUAAGGAAAGAAGGUUUAGUUGUUGAGCAGGCAGUUAUCAUUCUGGACAGAGAACAAGGUGGCAGACAAAAUCUAGAAAAAAAUAAAGUUAAAAUGAUGUCUCUUUUAACAAUGUCAGAGUUAAUUAAAAUAUUGGUUGACAAUAAUUGUAUCACUAAAGAGAUCGGAGUUGAAGUUAAGAAUUACUUAAACAAUACUAAAGCACCAUCUGUAGAAUCAUCAGAAGUGAAAGCUGUUAGCAGACUAAAUAUGCCAUUUGAAAAAAGAGCAGGAGUAUCAAAAAAUUCUAUAGCAAAACAGCUAUUCAACAUAAUGGCUACUAAAAAAACAAAUCUCUGUGUCUCAGUUGAUCUGACAUCAUCAGUACAAAUAUUGAAUCUUCUAGAAAAAGUUGGUGAACAUGUGUGUCUUGUGAAAACACAUGUAGAUAUUAUAGAAGAUUUUAACAGUGAUUUUGUAGAACAACUAAAGCAAAUGGCAACCAAAUUUAAUUUUCUUUUACUAGAAGAUAGGAAAUUUGCUGAUAUUGGCAACACUGUAUCACUUCAGUAUUCAAAAGGUAUCUACAAAAUAAGUGAAUGGGCUGAUUGUGUUACUGUACAUUCCUUACCAGGGGAAGGAAUUUUAAAAGCACUGAAUAGUGCUAGCUCAGAUAAAAGUAAAGGGGUUUUUCUUCUCGCUGAAAUGAGCAGUGAGGGUAAUCUUAUAACACCAGACUAUACAAAAGCAACUGUGAAAAUGGCAGAAAAAUAUCCACAGUUAAUGACUGGAUUUGUUUGUCAAAAUGCAGCUACCUUUGAUGACCCUGGACUAAUACAAUUAACACCUGGAGUCCAACUUGAAAAACCUAAAGAUAAUCUCGGUCAAGUCUACAAUACACCAGAGAAAGUUAUUGAAAAUGGAGCUGAUGUGGUUGUAGUAGGACGUGGUAUAGUGGCAUCCAAAAAUCCAGAAACUGAAGCAGUACUUUAUAAAAACAUUCUAUGGAAAAGUUAUUCAAAGAGAAUUUUGGGCAAAAUGGAAUAAUUAUGGCUUUUGAAAUGAUAUUUCAUGCAAUUACCCCAAUAUUUUAGUAAAAAUAAAGCUAUAAGUUAAAGACAAAUACAUAUAGAAAUAAAGAAAAUUAGUUCCACAGAAGUUAAAUUCUCAAUUUAACAAAGUGUGACAUAGAUGUUGAAUGACCAACAAAUAAGAAAAAGAGAAAUAACACAAUAAAAACACGCACAGAGAUGAUAUAAAAGUAAAUUACUUGUUCAGAAAUUCUAAAAUAACAAUGGAAAAGAACAAUAAGAGAAUUCAUAACAAUAACAUUUUAAUAGACAGAGUAAGCAAGUGAUUCCAUUCCAUUUUCAAUUCCUCGAAAGAAUUAUGUUUUAUAGAUGUAAGAUUACAGUGUAUUUUUAUACAGCUUAU